UGGUUUUCCAUGUGACACCCGCGCCUGGUAACCGGUGCCGCGUUGCUAAGGAGAGAAGAAGAAGAAGAAGACGGCGGAGGAUGGGCGAGCCCCGGGGGCACCGUGUGCUGUGCGGGGUCUCUGCACGGAAUUCCUGAUGUCUGGAACAUUAGAGGUCCUAUUGUCCUGUGUGUUCCAUCUUCCCUCCUGGAAAUAUGGGAAAAUUCCAGAGUAAAGUCAAACGCAACAGCUCCAAGUACAGGGCUGACCACCAUGCGGAGGAGAGUCCCCCAGCCCAGCCAAUCGCACAGCAAACCCGAGCUCACAAUGAUGCCGUUACUUACAUCUCGGCCCUGAAAUCUGACCUGUGUGUAUCGGGAGGGAAGGACAAGGCUGUUGUUGUGUCAAACUGGAGAAGUGGAACGGCUCUGAAAAGAUUUGUGGGGCAUGAUCGAGAGGUUUCCAAGAUUGCCUGUGUGUUUGGGUCAAACCGCUUCUUCAGCGCCUCACGGGACAAGACAGUUCUCAUGUGGGAUCUGCACUGCAAGGCCGGCAGUGCUCAGAAGUUCCUGGGUCAUCAUCUAAUAGUGACAGGGCUGGCAGUAAGUCCUGACGGCACCCAGCUACUGACGGGAUCCAGAGACAAUACACUGUGCAAAUGGGAUGUGGAAACUGGCCAGUGCUUGCUCAAGACUGCUGUGUCUAGAAACCUGGUAACGCACCUCUGCUGGGUACCCAGAGAGUCCUGUGUUGUUCAGACCUCAGAGGAUAAAAGUGUCCGUGUCUGGGACAUCCGUAACCUGCACUUGGCACACAUGUUCCCAAUGAAGCAGCAUAUACAGAUGCACUGUGAUGUCAGCGAAGAUGGAAAUUACUGCCUGACCAGCAGCAAUGGCUUUGGUGGACAGGGCUGUGAAGCUACGUUAUGGGACCUCCGACAGACAAAAAACAAGGUGUGUGAAUAUAAGGGCCACCUGCAGAGCACCACAUCAUGUGUCUUUCUUGCUAAAAAUACAUGGGACUCCCCACUAGUGGCCACUGCAUCACAUGACUGUACGGUAAAAGUCUGGGAGCGAGAUACUGGAGCAUGUCUGAGCAGCUUGUUUCUGGAUGGCUCUGGGCCAUUAUCCUCCCUGGCAGUCUGUGAUAGCGCCUCUAUCUUGUGUGCCAGCUUUAACUCAGGAAUCCACUCCCUUCAUAUGCAGAACAGCUAUGGAGCCACAUUACAGCAAGUCGCCAGCUUCUGAUGUCAGAUGUCAGGUUACUCUACCUUCUUUAAAAGGCCAAUGCCUAAUAGUACACACGUGUCAAGGAAUGGAUGGGCUGGAGGGCAGCCCUAUUCACCUUUUGGUGUUUAUUGUACAAAACUACGAGUACAGCCAGCAAGCUAUAUCAAGUAUGGUGAAAUAAUGGGUCACAAAACUCAUUGUUGCCCAUAUGACCAUGUGGAGUACACUGUAAAAGCCUUUACCCAGGAUUAUGGAAUGACUGGAAGAUUAACCUACAAACCUGCAGACUUGAAAUGCUGGAUCAUUUACUGAAGUAAUUUGGUCCAGAGCCUAAUCAUGUACUAAAUACUUUUCUAGAAUUUUUAGCUUGAGGACAUAGCCUAGGCCUAAAUCUUUUAGUGGCUACUGCUGGUUAGGGUGAACACAUUUCCAAACUACCAUUCAGGGACACCCCCCUUCCCAAAAAUCAGCUUGCGCUGUAACGAAUCACAGC